AUGGAAUCACAUACCUUCAUUCAUCUCUCAACCAUCCUCCAGUCCCAGGAUCUAACAGGGUUCGCGCUAGCAUCACUAGUGGCCUCUUGGGUCUACGAUUGUUUCCUAACCUUGGACCAGGAGGUAUCUUUGAUUCAUCGGCCACCGUGGAGCAAAGGAAGUAUUCUUUAUAUCAUGGCGAGAUACAUGCCAGCCUUGAUGCUCUCUGUAUACUUAUGCACGAACUAUUUCCCGAAUGAAAAAUUUGUGACUUGUAAAAUUCUACAGUCAGCGUGGUAUUUCCCGCUUCAAGUUCGUCCCCCAGGUACUGUUGCAUUGUGCAUGGCUGGUGCAGAAGGUAUCUUCAUCCUUCGUACCUAUGCAUUAUGGGGGACAAAAGAAAUCCAUUCUGGGCCUUAUGUUAACAACGGUACUGUGCCUGGGGAUCUUGAACGUGGUAAUAACACUGAAGUUUUGGAACCAGUCGAAAUGUCGAUGACAGUCCAACUAUCAGACAUAGGUGGCGGUUGCUACUCAUUAUACCACGACACGAAGGCUGCAUAUAAUUGGUCACUUAUGGCAGCAUUCGAGCUUGGUGAGAUCACGAAGCCAUAA